AUGAGAAGGAAUGGUAUCGUAGCAUUCCUAGCAUCAACAGCUCCACGUGUGUUUGUGACCUGGUCUUAUAUGGUACUUAGACCUGGAUUCGUACAUUCGGGUACAGUUCCCAUUGUAGCAAACGCAGGUCAAGAUACCUCACCAUCCUUUUCGCUUUCGGGCACCGUUGCGGCCUCCAGAGAAUCACGACCAGCAGAGGCCAUGGACGACGAAAUUUACGAUUUCGCUGUAAUUGGUGGGGGAUGCGGUGGUAUGUCAGCAGCCAAAGAGGCAGCUAGACUAGGAGCUAAGACUAUAUUGUUCGAUUAUGUACAACCCUCACCCCGUGGUACCCAAUGGGGUCUUGGUGGUACCUGUGUCAACGUAGGAUGUAUCCCUAAGAAACUGAUGCAUUAUGCCGGAAUGCUAGGACACGCUGAACACGACCGUGAAAUGUUGGGAUGGACGCCCGCGCCUAAGAAGCAUGACUGGGGAAAGCUGGUCCAGACCGUACAAAAUUACGUGAAAAUGCUCAACUUUUCCUACCGUUCAAGCUUGAUGUCUAAUUCCGUCGAAUACGUCAAUGCAUACGCAACAUUGGAGGCUGGAAAUGUUGUCAAAUACUCAGACAAAAAUGGAACACAGCGUGUGAAAGCUAAACACGUUUUGAUUGCCAUUGGAGCACGUCCAAGCAUUCCACGCGAUGUUAAGGGUGCAUACGAAUAUUCGAUCACAUCAGAUGAUCUCAUGAGCCUGAAGAAUCCUGUGGGUAAAACUCUUAUUGUGGGAGGAUCCUUCGUGGCGCUGGAAUGUGCUGGUUUCUUGACGGCUAUGGGUUUCGACGUGACUGUAUCUGUGAGGUCAGUGGUACUGCGUGGUUUCGAUCGCCAGUGUGCGGACAAGGUCGCUCAACUGAUGGAAGUAACAGGAACCAAGUUCCGUCGUGGUAGUACGCCUGCUUCCAUCACCAAGCUUGAAAACGGAAAAUUGGAAGUUUCAUUCACUGAUGGUGGCACCGAGCAAUACGACACUGUUAUGUAUGCAACAGGACGUAUGCCCAGAGGCAUCACAGAGGACCUCAGCGACUUGGGAGUUGCCUUCGGUGAAUCGGGACGCAUUGCUGCUCGUGAGGGCGUCACUUCUGUACCAAACGUGUACGUAGUGGGUGACGCAGCAGAGGGAAACACGCAAUUGGCACCCGUAGCGAUUAAGGAUGGUGAACUCUUGGCCCGCCGUAUAUUUGGCAACUCCACGAAGCAGAUGAACAUGGAUUACAUCCCUAUGUGUGUAUUCACACCAUUCGAAUAUGCCAACUGUGGUCUGUCGGAGGAGGACGCCACUAAACUUUACGGUGAUGUUGAUGUAUACCUGAAGGAGUUCACCACUCUGGAACUUGCUGCAGUUCACCGUGAAAAGGUAGAAAGCCUUCAAGCUGAUGAGUUCGAUGUCGACCUGCCACCAACCUGCCUUUCUAAGAUGAUAUGUAAGAAGGACGGCACUAUCGUUGGUAUUCAUUUCGUAGGCCCUAACGCCGGAGAAAUCGUUCAGGGUAUGUGCGUUGCUGUACGCAUGGGGGCGAAGAAGGAGGACUUCGACGACACUAUUGGCAUUCAUCCCACCGAUGCAGAAAGCUUUAUGAACUUAACGGUGACCAAGGCAUCUGGCGAUUCAUGGGUCCAGUCCGCUGGAUGCGGUGGUGGACGUUGUGGUUGA